AGCGAUGAAAUGUAAACACCGGCGCGGGAGACCAAAGGGAGAGAGAAAAGGCGUCUCCUCUUUUCCGGCCAGCGAGUCGCGUGCCCCGCGCCGCCCCGGCGGCUCUGGAGGGGCGCCCCUGCGGGCCUGCGCGCUCUCCUGCGGGACUGGAUGAACCCGAAAAGGGCAAGGAGGACGGCUCGCCCUCGCCCGUCGCUUCCUUCCUUCUUUCCCUCCGUUCUUCCCUCCUCGGGUGGAUCUAACUGCGGGGACUAGCGGCAUGCUCUAGCGAGCGAGCGAGCUCGGACACUGCGGCUCCUUUCGUUGCCUUGCGCCGCCGGUCCCGAACGGGGCGAUGGAAAUGAAUAUGAAGAAGUUCACGGUGCGCAGGUUCUUCUCGGUGUAUCUCCGCAAGAAGUCUCGCUCCAAGAGCUCAAGUCUAAGUAGAUUUGAGGAAGAAGGCAUUGUGAAGGAGAUAGACAUCAGCCAUCAUGUAAAGGAAGGUUUUGAAAAAGCAGACCCUUCACAGUUUGAGCUGCUCAAAGUAUUAGGGCAAGGCUCCUACGGAAAGGUAUUUCUGGUGAGAAAAAUCAAAGGAUCUGAUGCUGGGCAGCUCUAUGCCAUGAAGGUGCUUAAGAAAGCAACACUGAAAGUCCGAGAUCGGGUACGAUCAAAAAUGGAAAGAGACAUUUUGGCAGAAGUGAAUCAUCCUUUCAUUGUAAAACUUCAUUAUGCAUUUCAAACAGAAGGAAAACUUUACCUUAUACUAGAUUUCCUAAGAGGAGGAGACCUUUUCACUAGACUUUCCAAAGAGGUAAUGUUUACAGAAGAAGAUGUUAAGUUCUAUUUAGCUGAGCUGGCCUUGGCAUUAGAUCAUCUCCAUGGACUUGGUAUUAUUUACAGGGAUUUGAAGCCGGAAAACAUCCUUCUGGAUGAAGAAGGACACAUUAAGAUUACAGAUUUUGGCCUGAGCAAGGAAGCCAUUGACCAUGAUAAGAGAGCUUAUUCAUUCUGCGGGACGAUAGAGUACAUGGCCCCAGAGGUGGUCAACCGGCGAGGGCACACACAAAGUGCAGACUGGUGGUCCUUUGGUGUCCUCAUGUUUGAAAUGUUGACGGGGUCGUUGCCAUUCCAAGGGAAAGACAGAAAGGAAACAAUGGCUCUCAUCCUCAAAGCCAAGUUAGGAAUGCCACAAUUUUUGAGCAUAGAAGCUCAGAGUUUGCUGCGAGCUCUUUUCAAGAGGAAUCCAUCCAACAGAUUAGGCGCUGGCCUUGAUGGAGUUGAAGAAAUUAAGCGGCACCCCUUCUUUGCCACCAUAGACUGGAAUAAGUUGUACAGGAAAGAAAUCAAGCCACCUUUUAAGCCUGCAGUUGGACGGCCAGAAGAUACCUUUCAUUUUGAUCCUGAAUUCACCUCACGGACCCCAACAGAUUCCCCAGGUGUCCCUCCAAGUGCCAAUGCUCAUAAUCUCUUCAGAGGAUUCAGCUUUGUUGCAUCCAGCUUGGUGCAAGAGCCUGUACAGCAAGAGCUGCACAAAAUCACAGUUCACCCAAUUGUUCAGCAGUUACAUGGGAACAAUAUUCACUUUACAGAUGGAUAUGAAAUCAAGGAGGACAUCGGUGUUGGUUCAUAUUCAAUAUGCAAGAGGUGUGUACACAAAGCCACAGAAACAGAGUUUGCAGUGAAGAUAAUUGAUAAGAGCAAAAGAGACCCCUCUGAAGAAAUUGAGAUUCUUCUGAGAUACGGACAGCACCCAAACAUUAUCACUCUCAAAGAUGUCUAUGAUGAUGGGAAAUAUGUCUACCUUGUGAUGGAGCUGAUGCGAGGAGGAGAACUUUUAGACCGAAUACUUCGACAAAAGUGCUUCUCAGAACGAGAAGCCAGUGCUGUCCUUUGUACCAUUUCUAAGACUGUAGAUUAUUUGCAUUCCCAGGGAGUUGUCCACAGAGAUCUGAAGCCCAGUAAUAUUCUUUAUAUGGAUGAGUCAGGUAACCCAGACUCCAUCAGAAUCUGUGAUUUUGGAUUUGCCAAACAACUGAGAGCUGAGAAUGGUCUGCUAAUGACACCAUGUUAUACAGCCAAUUUUGUAGCACCUGAGGUCCUGAAACGACAAGGCUAUGAUGCAGCCUGUGAUAUUUGGAGUUUAGGGAUCCUCUUGUACACCAUGUUAGCAGGAUUCACUCCUUUUGCAAAUGGACCAGAUGACACCCCAGAGGAAAUUCUGGCUAGAAUUGGCAGUGGGAAAUAUGCACUCACAGGAGGAAACUGGGAUUCAAUAUCUGAAGCUGCUAAGGAUAUUGUAUCCAAGAUGCUUCAUGUAGACCCUCAUCAGCGCUUAACAGCUGCUCAAGUUCUAAGACACCCCUGGAUAGUAAACAGGGAAUAUCUGUCCCAGAAUCAGCUCAGCAGACAGGAUGUCCACCUGGUCAAGGGUGCAAUGGCAGCCACCUAUUUCGCUUUAAAUCGAACUCCUCAGGCACCAAGGCUGGAACCUGUAUUGUCCUCCAACCUGGCCCAGCGGAGGGGGAUGAAAAGACUGACCUCAACGAGGUUGUAGUGGUCCCAAAGAACGCCUGUUAAAAACGAGAAAACACACUGUACAUUGCUGAGAGAGGCUGAACUAUAUUGCUCAUUUUGCAGGACUCUGAACAAUUGGCACAUACGUUGCUAGAAGUAGCAGAACUACAGCAUAAGGCAAAGUUAUUCUUUGCUUUCAGAGGUUUUUUGUUGUUGUUGUUCUUUUUACAUUAUCGCCAAGGCCCUGAGUUAGCAAUGACUCAAAAAUGUGCCAUUUUUUUCAAUUGCUGUAUUGCUUCUUAUUCAAGUAUAAACUGCUCAGAUCAUGUUCUCUCAUCUCCCCCUUUUCUCCAAAUGCUGUUUUUGGAAUAUUUUAGAAGCUCUGUAAGACCACUUUUUGUAAGCACUUUUCAAUAGGGAAACAAGUAGUUUCAAUUUUAGAAAUCAAUUCUACCAGCAUAUGUGUCAUGGUGAAUUGUAACAGCUAACUAUUGAUACAGCUACCCAUCGUCAGCUGCAGGGAAGGAAGAGAUUGUGUUGUCGUGACAGCAAUGGCCUACAAAGUGUGGUGUUCAACAUGAAGCAGCAGCAGCAGCAGCGGAAGAGCUGUUGGAGUAGCUCUACUCCUCCAAAGCAAAGCAAAACAAAAACCAUAUUUAUAUGUUUGGUCCGCAGAGAAAUAGAUGCGUCUUGAGGAAACAAGGGUUGUGCCCACUGACCCUGACAUGCACUGUGUGUAUAGGGGCUUCAUGCGUACACGCACAUGCACACACAGGGAUGUGUGAGGAAUCCAUUUGGGUGUGGGAAUCCAUCGGAUUCCCUUGCUCAGCCCCAGCCUCUGGUCUGUCUUGCAGCAGCCUGAAUCCAAGCUCCUGAAGCACACCCAGUGCUUGCAGGUGGGCACUUUCCAGGAACCGAACCCUGUGCACUGCUCAAGCGGCGUCCCGCUUCUAUGCCAUCUGCAGCAGCCAUUGUUUGUGCUGCUGCAGAUGGUGUGGAAGAAGGUUGCCGGCAGCAGGACCUACAUUCCACAAGCAUUUGCAGACUUUCCAAGACUGGGCCAAGCACAAGAGGAAGCCUGUGAUUAGUAGAGGGAUGGAUUCCUCUGGGUGUAUCCCAGCCCUACGAUGCACGUGUGUGUGCACACUUCCUAUAUUACUCUGCAUAAAUUGAAGGUGUGGAUCACAUAUAUGGAAGUGUGACAGCUGGAGUACGCAUACUCAAGCUCUGUGCAAAUAGAGCCUCUGAGUGUGAAGGCCAGGAAUGGAGCCAGCAAGCAUGACGCCCGCCCCUCAGCCCUAUGCAUUCAUAUCUACAUGGAUUGAUGCAUGAGCAGUGAGUUGCAUCCAGAUUUGGCCAUACUUGGAUUGGGCCCAUUAAAACAAAUGUGACUUCUGUUGGUCAUGAGUAUUUUAAGUCCCAUUGCUUUAACUGUGUUUGGCCAAGCCCGGCUCGAGCUUUCUAACAAUAUUGAUUAUAUUACAUGUUCUCCUGUUCUUAUCAAAUUAAGGCAGUGAUCUUUUGUUGGCCUCUUUAGUUUUAAAAGCACUGCUCAUAAUGCCAGGCCACUGUCCAUGUCAGAAAAUAAUCUAGUGUCUAACUGGAAGCAGAGAAAGAAACUUGUUUGGUGGAGAAACUGAAGGAAACAAAGUCUGCAAUAUUUCCUGCUGUCAAAGAAAACAGGCAUAAUUGGACUAUAUGUUGGUCUAAAGGUUGGAUUAAAUGUUUUUGUGACAUUUCUAUAUUGGAUUCUGUUGAGCUGGUUGAAAAAAUCAUUACAUUCCACUUCCCAGUUAUUGAAAAGCUUUAUGUCCAGCAGUUAUCCAGGAUUGCACCCACAGGCUGCAACCUAAUGCAGACUUAGCAUGCUUAACAGCACAAUCCUACAGAAGUCUACUUAAACUAAGCCCACUGAGGUCAGUGGGCAGGAUUCCCAAGUACAUGGAUGUACAUAGGAUUGCAGCCUAAGCACUUCAAAAUCAGUGGACCUAAGAAUCCUCAAUUCUGUGCUGUACUGUGGCUGUUCUUUUAAGCACUUUACUUGACUUUCAUGUUCAGAAUGGAUUUUGUCACCGUCCAAAGUCAUACAGGAAAAAUGUUGCCUUUCUUACGGAGGAAAUGUCAGGGUAGAUUGCCAUAUUCUAGAGGUUAUUUUUCUGAGAAGUAAGGCCAUUUUGAUGCUAAGACACAGUUUGGAAGAUCCACAUUGUUUGAGGCUGCAUACACAAGUGAAGAAAAUGUUGCAUUAGCUACUGUAAUGUGCUUCUUGGGGUUUGUUUCUGUGUUCAACAAAAUGUUGUUUAAUUUAUUUUCUUUUAUGUCAUCCUUAAUUUUUAAAUUAUAUUUAAUGUUCCAUUUUUAUGUGCUGUGCACACAAGACUGCGGCAAAGCAGCUGUUCUUGAAGUUUGACUUUUAGAAUAAAACAACGCUGUGAAAUUUCA